CUUCUCACUAUCAUCAUUCCUUCCAUCAACCUCAUUGAUCAACUCCUCUUUUUUAUCAUGCGUGUGUUGACUGGCGCAGAUGAGAUCAUUUUAGAUGAGAUACUUAUCUCACCACGAAGCGAUCCGGAGGACGACGCUUCGUCACCCGAAAGACGGCGUAUUGUGCCGCUGUUUGAAACCCUUAGCUUGAAGCAGAUUCUCAUAAUCGCUCCGAAGACUGCCAAUCUGGAUUCAUCGAGUUUCGCCGCGGAGCAUUUUCUAGGCAGCAAGGCGAUCAUUGGCGAGUAUAUAGCCUCUGACGGAAUCAUUCAUUCAGAACCUGUUCAGGCUAAUUGUAUCUUAGAGUCCCGACGUCUCCACCGUCCAAUCUCAGAGCGCCGUCACCUGAAGCCUGUGACUGACAUGCUACCAUCAUCAGUGUCAAACCCCGAGGCGUAUUCUCUGGCAUCCCGGCAUGUCAUACUCCCCUUCGAUCUUCACCAAGAUCCCUCCCAAUUUCAAGAUAAAUCCAACUACGACCUUCUCUUCAAUCUCUUCCCUCGUGUUCAAGCAAUUGGAUUCGAUGACUAUACCCUCACUUUCCGCUUUCUUGAACUUCCCGCCCAGCCGUGGCCAAAAACAGUUGCCGGAGUCCCUAGUUAUCUCACUGCCGAUCCAAAUGACCGGGGUCCCACGGGGCCGCUUGGCCACUGGAGCCGCUCACAGAUCUCGUUACAGGGGGAUCUAGAUCUGAGAAGAAAUGACGCCGCCGUGGGUCUGAUAUUUGACCUAGUUCGGGAUUUCUGUUCCGGGAACCAGAUCGCAAUAAACGAGAUCCAAUUUUGGGGAAGUUUCGUCAUCAUCGUCUUAGACCAUGACAGUGACGAUGUUCUGGAUGCCGUUCCAGGCUCGGUAGCUAGAUGCCCCUGUUUCUAUCUCUUUGAGGCCGAAGUGCGGAAGGAUUGCAGGUCGCAUGUGCUCAGGGCCAAGCCAACCCUGCCCUCCCAUCACGUCGAUGACACUAGAUAUCAAACGUUGAGACCUGGUGUGAUGCUAAGUGCCGGAAAGCCCCGCGGUCAAGACGACGAGAUACUGAGUUCAUCCGGCAUCCUGGUGAAAGACAAACACGGUCGUGGAUAUAUGACAGCCGCCGCGCACGCUUUCCCUGACGGUGAUUUCGACACCUUGGUUUACCACCCUCGCUUUUCGGACACACCACUGGGGAGGAUAGAGACCACAGAGACAAACACAGACAUUGCCCUAAUAAGGCUGGCCCGCGAUGUACACUUUGUGAACGAACCCUUCGAAAACACCGUCAACCCCGGUCCUCCUAUCAAAUUCAAGGAAUUUGCACGUGCCGCCUCGACCAGGCUGGGCGAGUCUUGUCGGAUGGACACCCCGUCUUCGGGAUACGUGGAAGGGACCAAAAGAGUCCAUGCCAUUAGGAAACUCCCUCGGGUGUGUGCCUACGAGACAAAGGAUACGUGGAUACCCGCGGACUGGCUCUAUAUGGGCCAAGGCUCGAACAUGGCCUUGUCGAGUGAAGGGGCUGGUUCCGUUGUCUGGAAUACAGAUCACCAAGUCACUGGGUUCUUCCGAUAUGCUCCUCAAUCGGGGAUCUUUAAGGAUUACGCUCAGGUUAUUGCUGCUGAUAAUCUUAUUGAUGACGGGUAUACCAUUGCCUAGUUGUGCCUUGCCUAACAUCCCUUUUUUUUUUUUUUUUUUUUUUUUUCUU